AUGUCUUCUCCCUCCCCCUCUCUCCGCAAGAGAGUUGGGAAGACGGAGGCCACUCCGGUCCCCGAGACCUCGCCGGGCAAAAGGGGGGCGAGCCCUCCGCGCAAGUCAGAAUGGGAUUAUCGGCUGGCCAUAACCAUUAUGACCGUCUUGGCGUUCCUCACUCGUUUCUAUCGGAUUUCGUACCCUGACCAGGUGGUUUUUGACGAGGUGCACUUUGGAAAGUUUGCCUCCUAUUACCUGCAGCGCACGUACUUCUUCGAUGUCCACCCUCCGUUCGGAAAGCUCCUCUUUGCCCUGAUGGGUUGGAUGGUGGGCUAUGACGGCCACUUCCUGUUUGACAACAUCGGCGAUUCGUACAUCGACAACAAGGUCCCCUAUGUCGCGCUCCGCGCCAUGCCCGCGACGCUGGGCGCCCUCACCAUUCCGGUGGUCUUCCUGAUCAUGUGGGAGUCGGGUUACUCGCUGCCCGCCUGCGUGCUGGCCUCGGGACUCAUGCUGUUUGACAAUGCGCACAUCGGAGAGGAUCGGUUGAUCCUCCUCGACGCCUCCUUGGUCCUCACCAUGGCCCUGAGCAUCCUCUGCUACAUUCGAUUCUACAAGCUGCGCCACCAGCCCUUUGGGCGCAAGUGGUGGAAGUGGUUGCUGCUGACGGGCGUGUCGAUGAGCUGUGUCAUCUCGACCAAAUACGUCGGUGUCUUUACCUUCGUCACCAUCGGCGCCGCGGUCUGUGUCGACCUGUGGAAUCUGCUGGACAUCCGACGCGCGUCGGGGGCCCUGACGAUGGUCGGCUGGACCAAGCACUUUGUCGCCCGCGGCUUCGCCCUCAUCGUUGUGCCUUUCCUCUUCUACCUCUUCUGGUUCCAGGUGCAUUUCGCCAUUCUCACGCGCUCCGGCCCCGGUGACGACUUCAUGACGCCCGAAUUCCAGGAGACCCUCAGCGAUAACGCCAUGUCCGCCCAGUCCGUUGGGAUCCAGUACAACGACGUGAUCACGAUGCGCCACAAGGACACCAAGGUUCUCCUGCACAGCCACUUCGACAAGUAUCCGUUGCGCUACGACGACGGCCGCAUCUCGAGUCAGGGCCAGCAGGUCACCGGGUACCCCUUCAACGACACCAACAACCACUGGCAGAUCCUUCCCACGGUCCCGCUGCCCCACGAAGAGACCGAGGGACACAAGGUGCGCAAUGGCGACGUGGUCCAGCUGCGUCACCUGGGCACCAAUUCCUACCUCUUGACCCACGAUGUCGCCUCGCCCUCUCAGCCGACCAACCAGGAGUUCACCACCGUGCCCCCGGAGCUGGCCGAGGGCGACCGCCACAACGACACCCUAUUCGAGAUCAAGAUCGAGCAUGCAAAGAACAGGCAGGAGUUCCGGUCGCUGUCGAGCCACUUCAAACUGAUCCAUGUGCCCACCCGGGUCGCCAUGUGGACCCACACCACGCCGUUGCCCGAAUGGGGCUUCAAGCAGGCCGAGGUCAACGGCAACAAGAACCUCCUCCAGAACAGUAACCUGUGGGUGGUGGACUCGGUCGAAGGGGUGCCCGCGGAUAGCCCGCGUCUGGUGAAGGAGGAGCGCAAGGUCAAGCACCUCCCGUUCCUGCGGAAGUACCUGGAGCUCCAGCGGGCCAUGUUCCACCACAACAACGCCCUGACCAGCAGCCACCCGUACGCCAGCGAGCCCUUCCAGUGGCCCUUCCUGCUGCGCGGCGUCAGCUUCUGGACCAAGAACGACACCCGCGAGCAGAUCUACUUCCUGGGCAACCCGGUCGGGUGGUGGAUCGCGAGCAGCCUGCUGGCGGUCUUUGCCGGCGUCAUCGGCGCCGACCAGUUGUCUCUGCGCCGCGGCGUGGAUGCCGUUGAAGAUAUUUGGGGACCGGGUGCCCGUUCGCGUCUGUACAACAGCACCGGCUUCUUGUUCCUCUGCUGGGCCGCGCAUUACUUCCCCUUCUGGCUGAUGGGCCGUCAGCGUUUCCUGCACCACUACCUCCCCGCACACCUGGCAUCUUGUCUGGUGACGGGCGCGCUGGUGGAAUUCAUCUUUAACAUCCAGCCGAUCGCGGUGGAGGCGCCCAGCUCUGACGAGGAUCCCACGGGCAAGGCUAAGGCGCAUCGUCGCGUGGGGCAUUUCGUCACGGCCAAGGAGCGCAUGAGCGGCAAGUCCCUUGCGGCGGGCUGGUUGGCGACGCUGGUCAUCCUGGGAGCGACCUUCUGGGGAUUCUGUUUCUUCGCGCCGCUGACCUACGGCACCCCCGGGUUGGAUGUGCAGGGCGUCAAUGCCCGCAGGUGGCUUGGCUACGACCUGCACUUUGCCAAAUAA